UCAGAAGAGGCAGAAGUGGAUGUGAGAGACAGACACACACAGAGACACAGAGAGCGAAAGAGGGCAAGAGACUUGACUUUAAGAGACUCCUGCACUGACAACUCCAUGCAGUUCGGAACAAGAACGGCAGCGACCGACUCUGGUUUCAUGGGGACAUGGCAGAAUACUGACACUAACCUCUUAUUCAGAAUGUCCCAACAGGCCAUCCGCUGUACACUGGUAAAUUGCACUUGUGAAUGUUUUCAGCCAGGGAAGAUUAACCUGAGAACCUGUGAUCAGUGCAAACAUGGCUGGGUGGCACAUGCCUUGGACAAGCUUAGUACUCAGCACCUCUACCACCCAACCCAAGUGGAGAUUGUGCAGUCCAACGUUGUGUUUGACAUCAGCAGCCUGAUGCUCUACGGUACUCAGGCUGUGCCUGUGAGACUGAAGAUACUGCUUGACCGACUCUUCAGUGUACUGAAGCAGGAGGAAGUGUUGCAUAUUCUACAUGGUUUAGGCUGGACACUUCGAGACUAUGUUCGAGGGUACAUCCUUCAGGAUGCUGCAGGCAAGGUGCUGGACCGCUGGGCCAUCAUGUCCAGGGAAGAAGAAAUCAUUACCCUUCAGCAAUUCCUGAGAUUUGGAGAAACUAAAUCCAUUGUGGAGCUGAUGGCAAUUCAAGAAAAAGAAGGGCAGGCUGUAGCUGUGCCAUCUUCAAAGACAGAUUCAGAUAUAAGGACUUUUAUUGAAAGCAAUAAUCGCACCAGGAGCCCAAGUCUCCUUGCUCACCUGGAGAACAGCAACCCUUCCAGCAUUCAUCAUUUUGAAAACAUCCCAAAUAGCCUUGCAUUCCUUCUUCCCAGUCAGCUUGUGUUCCCGGCUUUAAAGACUGUCCAACCUGUUCCUCCUUUUUACAGAAAUUUACUUACUCCUGGAGAGAUGGUGAGUCCUCCAACCUCACUGCCUACCAGUCCAAUAAUACCAGCAGUAAGUGGCCUGGAGCAGCAUCCCCCUCCUCCUUCAGAGUCAUCAGUACCUUCAGUACUGACUUUGACCAGCAUCACAAAUGUUGAGCCCAAAACUGAGCCAGCCUGUGUCUCUCCUGUUCAGACACCAACACCUGUCAAUGAUUUAUCGAAAACAGAACACACUAAAAGCUCAUUCCGCAUUCACAGAAUGAGGAGGAUGGGGUCGGCCUCCCGGAAAGGAAGAGUGUUUUGCAAUGCAUGUGGCAAAACUUUCUAUGACAAAGGUACUCUUAAAAUCCACUACAAUGCGGUUCACCUGAAAAUCAAGCACCGGUGCACUAUCGAGGGCUGCAAUAUGGUCUUCAGCUCUCUCAGAAGCCGCAAUCGCCACAGUGCUAACCCGAAUCCCCGCCUCCAUAUGCCUAUGCUAAGGAAUAACCGUGACAAAGAUCUAAUCCGUGCUACAUCAGGUGCUGCCACUCCAGUCAUAGCAAGUACAAAAUCCAACCUAACUUUAACAAGUCCUGGGCGCCCACCGAUGGGGUUUACCACUCCCCCUCUAGAUCCUGUACUACAGAACCCUCUUCCCAGUCAGCUUGUGUUCCCGGCUUUAAAGACUGUCCAACCUGUUCCUCCUUUUUACAGAAAUUUACUUACUCCUGGAGAGAUGGUGAGUCCUCCAACCUCACUGCCUACCAGUCCAAUAAUACCAGCAGUAAGUGGCCUGGAGCAGCAUCCCCCUCCUCCUUCAGAGUCAUCAGUACCUUCAGUACUGAUGCCCACCCCAGAGCCUAAUGCUGACCUUGCCCCCAAGAAGAAGCCAAGGAAGUCAAGCAUGCCAGUUAAAAUUGAAAAAGAAGUUAUCGAUACUGCCGAUGAGUUUGAUGAUGAAGAUGAAGAGGUGAAUGACAGCAGCACAAUGGUGAAUGACAUUGGUCAUGACAAUCACUGCCAUUCUCAGGAGGAAAUGAGUCCAGGUCUGUCUGUGAAAGACUUUUCCAAAAGUGACAGAAGCAGGUGCAUUUCCAGACCAGACAUAAGAAGAGCAGACAGCAUGACCUCGGAAGACCAGGAGCAUGAGAGAGACUAUGAAAAUGAAUCGGAGUCAUCAGAGCCUAAAUUGUGUGAAGAAUCCAUGGAAGGUGAUGAUCGCCUCCAUGAACCUGGUGAUAAAUCUAUGAUGCACAGUGACAGACCAGAUGAAAACCACAAUGACUCUUCCAGCCAGGAUGUCAUUAAGGUGAAGGAAGAGUAUACAGACCCUACAUAUGAUAUGUUUUACAUGAGCCAGUAUGGACUGUACAAUGGAGGCAGUGCCAGUAUGGCUGCCCUUCAUGAAAGUUUUGCUUCUACAUUCAACUACAGCAGCCCUCAGAAAUUCUCCCCAGAAGGUGAAAUGUGCUCCAGCCCAGACCCUAAGAUCUGCUAUGUAUGCAAGAAAAGUUUCAAGAGUUCCUACAGUGUGAAGCUUCACUACAGAAAUGUUCAUUUAAAAGAGAUGCAUGUCUGCACAGUGGCUGGCUGUAAUGCUGCGUUCCCAUCACGGAGAAGCAGAGACAGACACAGUGCUAACAUAAACCUGCACCGUAAACUGUUGACCAAAGAACUGGAUGACAUGGGCCUGGACACCUCACAGCCUUCUCUUAGUAAGGACCUUCGUGAUGAAUUUUUGGUGAAGAUAUAUGGAGCACAGCAUCAGAUGGGGCUUGACAUAAGGGAAGACACCUCCUCGCCUGCUGGUACUGAGGAUUCCCAUAUGAAUGGGUACAGCAGAGGCAUGUCGGAAGACUAUAUGGUCCUAGACUUGAGCACCACCUCCAGCAUCCAGUCCAGCAGUAGUAUCCAUUCCUCAAGAGAAUCUGAUGCAGGAAGCGAUGAGGGCAUUCUCCUGGACGACGUUGAUGGGGCAAGUGACAGCGGGGAAUCUGCCCACAAAGCAGAUGCCCCUGCCUUAGCUGUAGGUAUGGGCACCGAUGUCCCAGGAUCCCUCAUGUUCAACAGUGUUUCAGUGAGCAACGGUGGGAUAAUGUGUAACAUUUGCCACAAAAUGUACAGCAACAAGGGAACCCUCAGAGUUCACUAUAAAACAGUGCACUUGCGAGAGAUGCACAAAUGCAAAGUCCCUGGGUGCAACAUGAUGUUCUCCUCUGUCCGUAGCCGAAACCGGCAUAGUCAGAACCCCAAUCUGCAUAAAAACAUUCCCUUUACUUCAGUAGAUUAG